AUGGCAUUUAGAAGCAACAUCCUGCUCCUUUUUGUGGCGCUCGCUCUCUGUGGUGCUUGUGCUGGUUCUGGGGUUGUUCACAGAGUUGGCGGUCCGGAAGGUUGGGUAGUACCAGUUAAUUACAACCAGUGGUCCGCAUCAAAAGAGUUUCAUGUAGGCGACAGUCUAUUAUUUUCUUACCUUAAGUCAUACCACAACGUGAUGGAAGUUACUGAGCAAGCUUUCAAGUCCUGCAACUCUAGCUCUCCCAUCGCAACUUAUGAUUCUGGCUCAGAUACAAUCAUGCUGACAAGGCCUGGCCGCUAUUACUUUCUGUGCGGUGCUCCUAAUCAUUGUGAUGGCGGACAGAAAGUUCAGAUUGUCGUCAGCCUACCCAAACCUGACAGUCCGGUCUCCUCUCCGAGACCGACACCUUCUGGACUGUCUUCUCCUCCAACUCCGAGCCCGGCACCUUCUAGAUUUUCUUCUCCUUCAACUCAGAGCCCGGCACCUUCUUCAUCAACUCCGCAUCCUCAAGAGAAACCACCAACCUCAGCGGCUCUAACUAUUAAUGCUCCAAAGCUUGCCCUGGGUUUUGGUUCUGUGCUUGCAUUUUGUAAUUUGAUGUUUUAG